UGCCCGGCGCCUGCGCACUCGGAUCCUCGGGUGAGGAGGAGCGAAGUUUGAAUCGGCGGCCGGAGGGAGCGGAGCAGAGUGGGACGGCACGGCGACAAGGAGCGGCGCCCGCAGGAAAUCUGCAAGGAAGUUGAAAGCAUAGAAGAUGCCACGAAAGAGUUUGAUACAAGAUUGUGAAGAAGUCACAUUGAAAAAUUGUCCAAUUUCUGGGAAGGCAUUUUACCUAGAUCUUCCAGAUAAUAAGAGCACCAAACUUUUGGAAGAUAUUGUGAAAAAUAUGGGAGGGACAAUUGAAAGCUUUCUCAGUAAAGAAGUGAGUUAUGUGAUUUCCAACAGCAAGGAAGCAAACAUUCAGAGUAAAUCCUAUUUAGCACCAGUUCCAAACAAGAAACAUUUGAAAAAAGACCAAGCUAAUUCCUCUCAUUCAAUCAACUUCAGAAAUGGUCAGACGAUCAGCAGAGGAAAACGACUACUUGAAAAAGUGAUCAAGAACAAUGAAUGUGGAGUUGGUAACAGUACUUUGGCUAAUGCCCAUUCCUGGGGAGUGAAAAUCCUACAUCUGGAUGAUCUACUGGCAUAUUUUGAAAAGAGGGGUGUUAAGAAACUGCUAAACACCAAUAGAAAGUCUCUGGGCAAUGGACAUUCAUCUAAUUCUGCUUACAAGAGUACUAAAGUGGGAAAACUAAAACAUCCAUUUCUUAAAAUUGAAGAUUCCAGUCGGCAUUUUAAACCCCUUUACCACCAAUUUGUGGACUAUCCUGAACUGAACUACAAAUCCCAUAAAGGACAUAGUGCCUUUGAUCAUCGGAAGAAAUCUAAAAAUGGAUAUCAGGACCAAGAAAAGAGCAAACCCGGGGACUGUCGAAUGACUGACAGUGAAGGAGAUGUAGAAACCCGUACAAAACCAGCAGAAUUGCAUAUACUAAAGAAACGACAUAGCUUCUGUGAAUGUUGCCAUGAAACGUUUCAUGAUCUUGCAGCACAUCUUCAUUCAAAACAGCAUCAGGAUUUUGCCAGUAAUCCCUCUCAUUUCAAUGCCCUUGAUGGUAUUAUGUCUAGAUUACCAAAUGAAUUUGUAGAGUGCCAAAGUAAUGGGAGCAUCCAACGAUCCACAAAGACUGCAUCAAAUACUGGAAUUUCCCUAUCUAAGAUGUACGUGGAAUCACUGCAGGCAGUUACUAAUUUUGUUCUUGAGGAUGAAGAUCAAGAUCGUUCACUUGACUCGGUGCCUGACAGCCUAGUGAUAAAUCUUCCUUUAAAAAAUCUGGACCAAGUUGAAAUGAUGGGACAGGAUUCAAAGCUGCAGCUGGUAAAACCUGACAGAACGAAGGAAGACAGAAACAUGGACAUAUCAAAACACAAUCCCCUUCCGCAGGAACAUGACCAGGCAUCUGUAAACUCCACAAAUGGAACGGAUAGAUGGUCUAAACAACUGGUGGUGAAAUUGUUGGAUUUCAGAGCAGUAGGGGAAGAGGCAUGCCACAAAUCUAAUGAACAACUGGAUGUGAUGAAUGCUCAUAUGGAGGAUGCUUCAUUUGAUGCCGACAAAGAGGGAAGUUCAGAAACCUGCCAUCAAGAAAAGCAAGAACAUAUGAACUCUGCUCCUGAGGAAAUUUUGAGUUGUGUGAAGGCAUUCCCUAAAUUCCAGAAGGUUGAUUGCGAUGCAAAUACAAUAGGGAAUAAAUGCAAUUUCAAUAAACGCAAACGCUCCAAUGAUGCUAGUUCACAAAAUGAGAACAGUCCCAGACCUAGAUUGGAUGAUUUGUCUGAAGUGUGUAAUUUUUUUACUUUCUUUAAAAGUACCAAUUCUUUUGUCAAUAAUUUGUCCCAAGCACAUACAGAAUUGUUUUAUUUAUCAGAUGUGGACAAAACCUUCACUUCUACUUGUUUUCAACCAAGUGUGCUUCCAACUACAUAUUCCAUGAACAUUGCCAUGGGGGAACAUUUUGACUUAUCAACUAAGCUGAACUUGGACAAACCUUCUAAUAUUAAAGAAGAUCUAGAAGACUUGCAAAGAAAGACCAAUUUCAAAAACAUGGUAAAUCUUCAAGAGGUUGUUUGGAAUUGUGAAGAGAAACAAAAAUAUUUAUCAAACACUACAACCACAAAUAAUCAAGAAGUGAGUGAAGACAUUCAAUUUGUUCAGGCCACUGAAAUUGCUUUCAAUGAGAAAGUGCAACUGAAAGUUACUUUGAGCAACACAACAGACCAGGAUAGAAAUAAGUUGUUAUCAACUGUUCCAAACACUGACGAUUUUGUGUCUCCAAAAAGCAAAGUUGUCCUUGAUACAGAAAUUGUGCUUACAGGAGAAACAAAACUUGAAAACGCACACAAGGAAAUGAAUCCCGGAAUGGCAGCACAAAGUCCUGUAUUGCAGCUUACUGCCUCUGAUAAAACCAAUACCAAGAGACUGCCUGGAUAUGACCCAUUCCUGGAUGCAAAAAUGGAUGAAAGUGGAUGUAAAAAUUCUGUCAACUUCUGCCAUUUUGCUUUUAAAAAUAAUACAGGUCAAACAGAUAUAUUUUCAUCAGAAUCUGAAUGGGAUAUUCAGUUACCUGCACAAUGUUGCAUUGUGCAGACCAUUAGCGAAGGUCAGCAUUCUGUUGACAUGGAAAUCUUGCGAAAGACAUGUGUAGACAUGAAAGAUGCAGAGUAUGAGACUCAGUUAAACUCUGUUUUAAAGAACAAAUCAGAAGUGGAUUUGAUCAAUAAAGAGGGCCACGAUCUAAUGAGUUGACACUAAAGCAAGUAUCACAUUGUAUAUUAUUGAGUCCUAUCUGAUUGAUUGCACUUAUUACUGAUAUUACCAAAGCUGUUGACUUUCAUUAAAUGUUGUUAAAUUAUUUUACUCUUAAUGGGUCAGAAAACGAUUUACAGAAGCUUUGGUGUUACUAGUCCUAAUUGAGUUUCUGCUUCAGUUUCAUCUUUUAAUUAAUGUUGUUCAGUUGAUUUUUCGGUCCACAAUUGGGUAUUGGCAGAUAAACUCAUAAAAAGAAAUCCUCACUCAUGAAUCCAACCAAUGCAUGUUGCAUCUUUUUGUUUUCUUUCCCAUUCCUCGGCUAAUAUGGUUAUCACUGCACUGCAUAAUAUGAGCAAAUUAAAUCCGGAUAUUCUUAAAGGUCAGUGUAGAACGUUCCAUGUCAGUGAUGCAAUGAUACUUCCAGUUCAUUGUAAAAGUGGUAGGGUGUAAAUUCAUGCCCAUUGUUCAGUGUGGGAUCUGAUUUUUCGAUGCUGUGAAGGGGUUGCAACCAUCUCUCCUCCGUCCCGCUGCCACUCCUUGCUCCUUAACAAUGGAAAGGUUGCCCGUUGAUUCUUGACUACAUUGUUACAGAUUUUUCAAGUAGAACUCUACAGCUCUAGGAUCAGGCCUCUUUGUUACCAGGAAUAUAACAGGGCAGAAUAUAAUAUUCAGAAUGGCUCACCAGUAUUACCUUCCAAAAUAACAGACAGAAGUAAAUAUCUAUAUGAGGGGAAGAGGCUGCAGAGAGAGAAUGGUUUAAAAAAAAAAAAAGGAUUUAUUAUGUAGCAAGCUGAGCUCAGAAAUUUAGAGCAGCGGUAUAUUGUAUACUGAACAAUAGACACCGAACAAAGCUCUUGAGAUGAAUUUAUGCAAUUGAACUAGUGUUUCAAUCAUUUUUAGCUAGUUUUUGUAGUGCUACAGAAAAUCUUCGAAAAGGAAUUCUAUGCAAUCGCUGACUGCCAUUUUGUUGCAUUCUGUCAAUUUUCUAUAUUCUGUCUCAAAACGGAUUUGAAUAUUGUAGAUCCAUUGUCUCUAAGAUCAAAAUGGGGUUGAAUUCUUAUUUUCCAAUUCAUUUGCAAUUCAAGUACAAUAGAGGGGGGAAACUCGAGACUCAUUUGUUGCUUAAUUUAUAAGUUAGAACAGUAAUUUCUUAAUACUUAAAAAUAGUUGGGAGGCAAUGGAUUUUUAAUUUAUUCUGACCUAUAAAGCUGAUAGUUCUAGGCCUCCCGUCAGCCAAAGGUCACCUAGUAAUUGUACAAAUAAACACCACCAUUAAAGAUGUAGAAAUUGAAACAUUUGUCUUGCUCUUGGUUGUUUUGACUGAAGCACCCAUGUUUAAAUAAAAAGGCUGGGUGUUCGAACUGUCUCCAUUCAUUUGAAAGAAGGGCAGAUGGAGAAAAGCAAAGCGAAAAAUUAAAAUGAAUUUGCUCCACCCAACAAAUUUAUAAUAUAUAUUUCAUUAGGAGUACUUAUUUCUUCUCCCUUUUCAAUAAAAUGAACCCACGCUCUUUUGCCAUUCUGUUCAUAUUUUGCACCUCCUGAGUUCUUGCUAACCACACAGUUGAACAAAAACUUAGUAUGGUCUGCCCUUUAUAGUGAAAGGUGAAAAUUGUGCUGGUAAGCACCUUUCAACAAUUAUUGAUUUUAAACUUAAAUAGAUACCUUUCAUCUUUGGGGGGGGAAAAACAACCAUUAAAAGUAAAUUUGUGAUUGUGGUUCUAAUUCCACAAAUGGAACCUUUUAAAAAAAAAAAUCAAAAGUAGCAUAUCCUGCAUUAACAUUUUACAACAAACACACUCUUUGCAGUUCCUUAUCUUAAUUUCCCAGGCAUUGAUUGAUGUGGAAAUAAAUGCAAUAGAUGUUCUAUUACAUUGAUUGACUAACAAUGCGUGGGACAGCAUUAUAUUGAUUACCAAUGCAGCGGAUUAAACUGUAUUUUUAACAACACUUUUUGGACAUUAUCAUGGAAGUUUUUUGCAUAUAAUGUGUUUGUCUGUGUGACCUAAUAACAAAUCAUAUUUGACUUUUACAUUAAGUACUGCAAGCAGCUCAAUGGUUUGGAAGACAAAACUUGUGAACAAGUUCUAUAUUGAAAAUUGUUUUCCUGAUCAAAUUCUCAUCAACUAAUUGAACUGCACAAAUAUAAUUUUAAUCAUGGAAUGUACACUAGUUAGAAUCUUUGAAAUAAAUGUUGAAAAGCA